GGAGGCCCUUUCCGGAGGUCGGGCGAGGGCAGGAGUGAUCGCGGAGCCGCAGAUCUCUCACGCUCUGAUGCUGUUGUCUUCACAGUGGCCUGAGAGAGUCGCCCGGCUUUCCAGUUCUUCGCAAAGGGGCCUGGAGCCGUCUCAAAUGCCGCGAAACUGAAGAGCGAACGUCGGGGAUUAUGUCGAUUUUCCGAGGACCGGGGUUCGCAGCGCGGAACAGAGGACAAGGCUGGCUCCUCAGGGGUCCCGCCGGCAUUUGAUAUCUAGAGAUUCCCAGGAUUGCCCCGAUUGCCCUGGAUCAGCAACUUUCCUAUAUUUGCACCCUGUGUUUUUAAAGAAAAUAUUUUCUGUUCGCCGCCUUGGUCUUUUACCACUACUAAUACACCGAAGCAAAGACUUUAGUCUUUUCAUUGAAAGUAUGCUUUAUAUUUCUGCCAAAUGUGAUCUCUAAGUGAAAGUUUAUUUUGGUUUUGAAUGAAUCUGUGGAGCUUAUGUUGUAAGAAGAAAGGGGGAACGAGACACAAUGAAAGAGAAGUCCAAAAAUGCUGCCCGGACUAGGAGGGAGAAGGAAAACAGUGAGUUUUAUGAACUGGCUAAAUUACUGCCUUUGCCCUCGGCUAUCACUUCGCAGCUGGACAAAGCAUCCAUAAUCAGACUCACGACCAGCUAUCUCAAAAUGAGAGUAGUGUUCCCAGAAGGGCUCGGCGAGGCGUGGGGCCACUCGAGUCGGACCAGCCCCCUGGACAACGUUGGCCGAGAACUGGGCUCGCAUCUGCUCCAGACCCUGGAUGGUUUCAUCUUUGUGGUGGCCCCAGAUGGGAAGAUCAUGUACAUCUCGGAGACAGCCUCAGUCCACCUGGGUCUUUCUCAGGUAGAACUAACCGGGAAUAGCAUUUACGAAUACAUCCACCCGGCUGACCACGACGAGAUGACAGCGGUGCUCACGGCCCAUCAGCCCUACCACUCUCACUUUGUCCAGGAGUACGAGAUCGAGCGCUCCUUCUUCCUGAGGAUGAAGUGCGUCUUGGCCAAGAGAAACGCCGGCCUCACUUGCGGCGGCUACAAGGUCAUUCAUUGCAGCGGCUACCUGAAGAUCCGCCAGUACAGCCUGGACAUGUCCCCCUUCGAUGGCUGUUACCAAAAUGUGGGUCUGGUGGCCGUGGGCCACUCUCUGCCGCCCAGCGCCGUCACUGAGAUCAAGCUGCACAGCAACAUGUUCAUGUUCCGCGCCAGCCUGGACAUGAAGCUCAUCUUCCUGGACUCCAGAGUGGCAGAGCUGACGGGGUAUGAACCUCAGGACUUGAUUGAGAAGACGCUGUACCACCACGUGCACGGCUGCGACACCUUCCACCUGCGCUGCGCCCACCACCUGCUGCUGGUGAAGGGACAGGUGACCACCAAGUACUACAGGUUCCUGGCGAAACACGGAGGCUGGGUAUGGGUGCAGAGCUAUGCGACCAUCGUGCACAACAGCCGCUCGUCCAGGCCACACUGUAUCGUCAGCGUCAACUAUGUUCUUACGGACACGGAGUACAAAGGGCUACAGCUCUCCCUGGAUCAGAUCUCAGCCUCCAAACCAACCUUCUCAUAUGCCAGCAGCUCUACGCCUACCAUGCCUGACAGCAGGAAGGGGGCCAAGUCCAGACUCUCCAGUUCAAAGUCAAAAUCCAGGACUUCCCCAUAUCCUCAGUAUUCGGGAUUUCACACGGAAAGAUCGGAAUCUGAUCACGACAGCCAGUGGGGCGGAAGUCCCCUGACAGACACAGCCUCUCCGCAGCUGCUGGACCCCGCGGACAGGCCAGGCUCUCAGCACGACGCGUCCUGCGCCUACAGACAGUUCUCUGACCGCAGCGCUCUCUGCUACGGCUUUGCGCUCGACCCCUCCAGGCUGGUGGAGGAGAGGCAUUUCCACACCCAGGCCUGUGAGGGAGGCCGCUGCGAGGCCGGCAGGUACUUCCUGGGGACGCAGCAGGCGGGGAGGGAGCCCUGGUGGGGCUCUCGUGCGGCCCUGCCCCUGACCAAGGCCUCCCCAGAAAGCCGAGAAGCCUAUGAAAACAGCAUGCCUCACAUCGCCUCAGUCCACAGGAUCCACGGGCGAGGUCAUUGGGAUGAAGAUAGCGUGGUCAGUUCUCCAGACCCUGGGUCGGCCAGCGAAUCAGGUGAACGAUAUCGCACGGAGCCAUAUCAAAGUAGCCCACAUGAACCUAGCAAAAUUGAAACUCUGAUAAGAGCUACCCAGCAAAUGAUUAAAGAAGAAGAGAACAGACUGCAGCUAAGGAAAGCCCCUCCAGACCAACUGGCUUCCAUUAACGGAGCUGGGAAAAAACACUCCCUCUGUUUUGCAAACUACCAACAGGCCCCACCGACAGGCGAAGUCUGCCAUGGUUCCACCCUUGCCAACACUUCACCAUGUGACCACAUCCAGCAGAGAGAGGGGAAGAUGCUGAGCCCCCAUGAAAAUGACUAUGACAACAGCCCCACUGCACUGUCUCGGAUAAGUAGUCCCAAUUCAGAUCGCAUUUCAAAAUCCAGUUUGAUCCUAGCUAAAGACUAUCUCCAUUCGGAUAUGUCUCCUCAUCAGACGGCAGGAGACCAUCCUGCCGUCUCUCCAAACUGCUUUGGAUCUCACCGGCAGUAUUUUGAUAAGCAUGCUUACACAUUAACUGGAUAUGCCUUGGAGCACUUAUAUGACAGCGAAACCAUUAGAAACUAUUCCUUGGGCUGUAAUGGCUCACACUUUGAGGUAACUUCCCAUCUAAGGAUGCAGCCAGACCCAGCACAAGGACACAAGGGAACGUCUGUUAUAAUAACCAAUGGAAGCUGAUGUUUUUCUAAAAUAUUUUCUUCUUUAAAGAUCUCUGAAACAUAUUUAUAGUUAAUGCCCCAAUGACCAGCAUUUACUAUGCUACCGAUUAUUAGAGAGGGUAAUUUAAGUUACUGGGUGUUUGACAUGUGUUCCUUUGAAAUCAAAGAAAAUAGCACUAGCAUUCAAGGUUAUACACAGAUAAUGGAGCUAAAGUGAAUAUAAAAAUUUUCCCUCUAAUUAUAUGGGAACAGAAUAGAUAAAUUUUGAAUUGAAAAAUAAUUAUGUAGAUAAAGUGAGCAUGUGUACCACAUGAAAGGACUGAUGGAUGACAACAUCGUGCUGUGAAGAUCCAGUGAACCUCAUACACACAGACAGACCGCUAUCUACAAACUGUAAUGUACACUUUAUGUGCAGAAAUCUAGACUAUGUACCAUAAAUACGCCCUAAAUGGGUAACUUUCCUUAACAUUAGAACGUUAAAGAACAUUAAGAUUAUUAAAGAAAUUUUUCAUUCCCAAGCUAACUAAGAAAGAGAAAGAUAUAUCUUGUAUACUACUUUCUUGCAUCUCUAACCAGCUAGCUCAUUUGGUUCAGGUAUAAAUUAGGGAAGGUUAUGGGUAUGGUAUAAGAAUGGGUUUUCACGUGGUAUCCAUUAAAAGCAAUCAGGAAAUGGUGAUUUUUUACCUUAUGUUUGAGUUAGACAAGGAACAGGUUCACACUGACAUGUAAGUGAGGGCUUUUCUAAGUGAAAGUACUGAGAUGUUGGGACACACAUCAAAAACCUACAGUGUCCACUUGGAAAUAGUGAAGAUAGAAAGGCCGGAGGCAGAGCAAAAUGAAGUAAUAUCUCAAAACAAGUAAUUUAAGGUUCAGAAUAUGGAAUUAACAUAUUUGGGGCUCAUAAAACCAACCAAAUAAAAAAUUCAAACCAAUUCACUGAGGAAAAAAAGCUAAUAAGUUCAAAAACUAACAAAAACCUGUGAAGUGCUACAUGAUAGCAGUUAAGUGUUUGAAAACAUUUCAAAGCACAGAUGUGCAAAUGUGACAACAUGUGGAAAGCCUCAGGAGAGAGUCUAAGAUAAAAGCUUAGGCUGAUAGACAAGGAGGUUAAAAGGCAAGAAUAGUACUUUGACUGAAGGAACAGGCCAAGUACUCAUUUUCCUUAUUGUCUGCAAACAAGAAACAAUAAACUUGGUCUUAAGUUCAUGUGAAACAGUAGAAAGAUAAGCAGACUAGAUGCCAAGAUCUCUGGGUUCUGGUUUUGACCCUGCCUAUAACCUAUUUUGGGAACACAGAUGUAUCACUCACCAUGCCUGGGCCCCAGUUUCUUUAUCUGUAUGGCAGUUCUAAUGUUUUACUGUUCUGUGGUUCAGUGGUGCCGCAGAGCUGAACUUGUUAGUUAACUCUCUGCUGUGAGUUGUCAAGGCUGAUCAUUCUGGCUUUUCUGUACUCACAUAGGGUCUAGAUGCUUUGUAACUAAGCAGCUGCAUGGGCUCUUUUAGGGAUGUGUAGUGACAGACAACUUUCUAGUUCACCUAAUUGUGAAAAUGGUAGAGACUGAUGAGGGAGAAGAAAAAUAAGUAAGAUUCAUUUAAUACACUCUUCUCUAGUAAUCAAAGUGACAUAAGUGAUUAAAGAAGUUUCAUAGCUAAUAUUAUCUAGGAGUCCCAUGCCUGAAACUUGCCAUAUUCAGAAGGAAUGUAUUGGAAGAAAAUGACUUAUAAUUUUGAAGACACCAUGACAUUGAACACUCAGGGAUUACUAAUAUAUUUUCAUCAUAUAACACAGUUAUUUGGCAAUCCAUAGGUAGGUGACAAUCUGAAUGAUGAUAAUCUGAGAGAUGAAUACUGGGUUGUUUGUACAUGAGGAAAGUGGCUACAUAAAUAAAUAUGUCUUGGGUAUGACAGAACAACAUUGUGCUGUAAUUGGAAAAAGUGCGAGUAAGUGAGAAAGUUAGUGGUUAUAUAUACUUUCAAAAAAGUUCAAACAAUAAAAACUAAAUUUUGAACUCCAUAAGCAAAAACAUUUGUUAAUUUUGAGAAAAAUAUUUAUGAGAAGCCCUUGGAAUACUUAAAAUUAAUUUUUGAUCAUUUUGCAACAUGAAGUAAGGUUUUAGGAAUGCUAAAGGUUUUGCAGACUUCUGUAGAUGGAUAAAUGGUUCAAUGACACAAAUACCUGAGGAAUAUGGUAUGUUUUGGAAAGGAAAUCUAUACAGAUGGAUUUUAUUGAUAGAUAUACAUUCUACUGAAAAGAUCAGCGAUGCUAUGAAGGAAAUAAAAUCUUAGGAAAAUGAACUGAUAUGAACGAAAAGACUGUCAUUAAAAAAUAUUAGUGGAAUAUUUAUGUGGAGAAAAUCAAGGAAAGAAAUAUAAACUCUACAAAUAGGGGGUAAUCAGAAGGAAUCAUGCUCUUUAAAAUGGUAUGGCCAAUAUUUUUUAACGAGGGCAGAAUUAACUAAAUUACAUCUUAAAAAUUUUGAUAGAUUGACCUAGUUUUAAAUACAAGCCAUUUAUUUACUUUAUAUGUUAAAAAUUUUAUAGUAGCAUAUUUAUAUUACACAUAAUACCUUACAGACCCACAGUAUUAUAUAGCUCACGUUUUUUGCAACAUGGCAUGAUGAUUGCAAAAUGACCCAAGAUAAGUUGAGAUAGUUUAUGGCAAGAUAACUUUUUAAUAUACUGUACACAUAGACAUGUUAAAAUAUAGUUAUAAUCUACAUUAUUUUGUUCUGUGCAAGAACGUAUUGCUUCGUAAUGAAGAUCUAAUCUGUGUCUUUUUAAAUUAUGGGAUGUAAAAUAUGUAUGUUCCCAAUAACUUAAUCAGUUAAAAUUAAACUUAAAUUGGCUUUAGUGUUAAUCCUUGAUCUCCAUAACUUUGUUAAAUGCUGAGAAUCAUGAUACUUGAAUGAAAUAGAGAGAGAAGCAUGAUUUAUAUAUCACCUUGGGGAUUCAUAGGAAUGUGCUCUAUCCAAUUACUCUUACAAUAUGUAGCAAUUCAUUAGAUGAAACAAAGUUCAUGCUUUCUAGUAAUAGUAAGAAUAUCUUUACUGCCCAUUUUACCUGCCUGCCCUACCUAGUUUAAAAAUUUAGAUGACCAAAGAAAUAAAUGCAUAUUUCUCCUGCCUUUCUCUGGAAAAUUUUUGUUAAAACUAUUAUUGAUAAUAUACAGAUUUGACGAAUCAUUUUUGGAUGCAUGAUAUUACUGUUACAGCCACGACAGGUCAGGCACGCAGGUGUGCUUUGGCACCAUCCUUUGACAUACUGCGCUGGAUAUAAUGGACUAGCUUUUUAAACUAUAAUUGCCUGAUGUAGGAGAAUAUGGCACAGUGCUGAUAUGACAUUCAAAAUGAGACAGGAUGCAAUAAAUAAUUUGCCUUCAGUAAACCCACUUGUUCUUUCCUGAUUUUAUUUAAUGGAAUUAAGCUAUUUCCAUUGGAUAGUAUUCUUAAUUUUUUCUAUACCCUGCUGCCACAUGAUACCUCUGGGCAGAGAAUCCACUUAAAGUAAGCUUUAAUGAGAUCUCCUGGAAAAGGAUAAUAAGCUCCAUUUAAAAAAAUGGGGAAUGAAGAUUGAUUCAAUAAAAGGUCAUUUGGAAAAUAUGCAUAGAUAUUUUAAAAUUAGAAAAAGGCUUUCCCGACCAAGACCUAGACUGGCUAAAUUUGGUAGAAGACACUCCAGCUAAAGAGACAUUCUGAAUACAGGUGUGAUAUUUUCUAGCUCUUCCUCUCUCUAAUUUUACUGUUGACACUAUGACAGAUGUUCCCCAUUUCACCCCUUUGUCCCCCUUCUCCCUCUCUCUUUCAAGAGCAGGACAUUACCUAAGAUGUUCAGUGAAAUUCGAUUGCUACUAGAAGAACUUGGAAGUGACAGAGUGAAUGCUGAUACUUGGAAAACUGAGGGUGUGACCACUUUGGGGUCACUUACCUGGCCCAGUGGAUAGCUACAGCUGAAUAUACUCUCUUGAAAGUGUCUGAAUGCCCAGAUCUGACUCCCCAGUUCAUUCAAAUCACAGGACCUCAACAUUCAUCCUCUGGUUCUCUAAGUGGCUCCACUUUCAUGUAAAUGUCAGUUUUUUUCAAAUAGAAAUUUGACUCUAAAACAGCAAAAUCUAUUAGUUAGUUCUUACUGGGAAAGACGUUGUGGAUAAAACGUUCAUUAUCAUUUGAAAGUUUAAAUGAAUGACAGGACAGCUAUGAACAUAUGGAAAGGAUAUCUUACAUAGAAAACGUUCUUGGGGGAAGUUUCCGUGUGGUGCUCAUUUCUUGUGCACAAGAAUUGUACGGGUAGUGCUUAACUCAGAAAGUGAGAUUGUGCUCAGAUCCAAAUAGGGGUUUGUUCAGAGUUCCUUCUCUAACAUUGUAUGCAGAAAGGCUGUAUGUGUGUAGGCAUAUGCCUACACACAAACACACACAUGCCAUUGUGUAAAGCAAGAAACAAGAUUGUAUUCUGCUGUGCUCCUUAAAAACUGAUGGUUCACAUAAGAAAUCCUAAUUAAUAAUUUUAAACCAAACAUUUAUAGUUUUAAUUAUUGUAAUUUUGCUGCAUGGGGCUUUGCUUUCAUAAACCUAUAUAGUGGAAAAUUUGUCCUAAUUUGCUGAUCUGGAACACAUUUAAUCACAAUUGAAUUUAUACCCAACAACCCUGGUGUGUUUACAUUUCAAAAGAAAUGAAAUGGCGUGAAAAGUUUUUAGAAGUACUGUAACUUUUUUUUCUUUUUUCCCAAAGGGGACAAAUUUCAAAAAAAUGAAACAUAUGAGUAGGCACUUCAAAAAAGAUAAAAUAUUUUAUGUUUGUUUUUUGGCUGACAUGCUAUAAAGAGGAUUAUAUUUGUGAAAGAAGAUGCUGAUUGCCAAUAUUUCAAAUACCAUCUUGCAAUGUAAAGUUUUUGGUGACAUCGUAGUAUAAAUCUGUAAUUUGAACUUUUACUUUGGAAUGUAAAGUAGAAAACAUUAGCUAUGUCAAUGAUAUCUUGCAAAGUGUUCCCAUUUAUAAUUAUUUAUAUUGUAAAUAGCUUUCUGAA